AUGUUUAAUUAAAUGUUUUGUGGCAUAAUCACUAAAAAAGGUGAUAUUUGCAAAGAUAAUUCAGGAAAUUUAUAUCAAGAGAUAUAAUUCCGAGAGGUACAUUAGAAUGAAUCUACUGAUGGCAGAAUAUUAAGUGUCAGAUUGUUUGAUUGUUUAGAUGCAAACAUAUAUGACAUGAUUAUUUGUUAUAAUUUUAGAAUGUUUAUAAGCAAGAAGGAUUAUAAAUAUCCAAGAUUGGAGAAGAAUAGGAUCUUAAGUUAGGAAUAUGUAGGGAAUGAAGAUUGUUAAUUUAUUGUUAAUGAGUCUAUGUUUGAAAAAAUGAAGAAAGUGUAAUAGAAUAAGAAGAAAGGUAAAUUAGAUUAUUACUUCAAAAAAAUUUGA